AUGCCAUCUCGCAAGCGCUCAGCGAAGCCCCCAGCCGAGGUGCCCUCCUCUAACAAGCAGCGCGACGACAGGGCUCGCCAGAGAGCUGCGCUUCGAGAUCAAGCCUACAAGCAGCAAGGUCUUCGCGAUGAUGCGCGUCGCGAUCAGGCGCUAGUUGAUAAGACGCGCCGCAAGAAGUCCGCUGCCCCUAAAGUCACUCACCAGAAAGGUCUUCACCGAACCAUGCAAGUCCCCAGAUUCACAAUGCAUGUUCGAAAGCUGAUACCUCGCUUUGGCAGCAAGCUCAAUGCCACCAACUCCCCUCUUCUUCGUCUCCCCGCCGAGCUCCGCAACAUCGUUUACGGCUAUGUCUUUGAGGGCAAUCGCUACGCGCUUGGUGGGUAUUUGUUCACUGGUAAAAGGCCAGAAGAAGGGAACACACUUAUCUGGCGAACGUCUCGAAGCAACGAUAUUGGUCUACUACUCGCUUGCCGUCAGCUUCAUGCUGAAACCGCGUUACUUCCUUACAAGCUCGGUGUUUUUCAUUUUGAGUUUGAGGAACCCGACUUCGAUGAAGAUGAGUGGUAUGAGGAGGUACUGCAAGACUUCUUCCGUGCUAGGUCCCGAAAGCAGAUAGCUGCAAUUGCUACAAUGCAAGUCAGCACAGAGCAGAUGUAUGGCACCAUGUGGGAAAAGACUCAGACUGGGGUUGAAUGGGCGCAAGAAUUCCGUGGUUGCUUGCGUGGUGAUUCAGAAGAGUACUAG